AUGGCCACCUCAGAACUUCAUUUAGCGAUGUUCCCCCGGCUUGCCUUCGGUCAUUUCAUUCCUUUCCUUCACCUCUUAAACAAUCUUGCGGAGAGAGGUUACAAAGUCUCCUACUUAUUGCCCAAAGGAGCUCUCCCAAAGUUACAACAGCUCAACCACCGCCCAGAAUUUAUACACUUCUUUCCUCUUGUGAUUCUCCAUGUUGGUCGUCUCCCUCCCGGUGCUGAAACUGCUUCCGAUGUACCAUUCCCUCUUCAUGAACUACUUGCUUCUGCCAUAUAUGGACAAACCUCGAGAUCAAGUUGCGACCAUUCUGAUCAAGAAAUAAAAUUCAAUGAGGCCCCUCAUAUUGCCAGGCUAAACAAUCCCCGUGUAGGGGCUUUCUUUUACGUGCGGUUAACUACCGGCUUGAAAUGGUGUGAUGCAAUUGCUUUGAGAUCAUGUCAAGAAAUUGAGGGAGCUUAUUCUGACUAUCUUGCACAACAGUAUUCAAAGCCUGCGUUGUUAACAGGAACAAUGGCCACCUCAAAACUUCAUGUAGCAAUGUAUCCUUGGUUUGCGUUUGGCCAUUUCAUUCCUUUCCUUCACCUCUCAAACAAGCUUGCCGAGAGGGGUCUCAAGGUCUCCUACUUAUUGCCCAAAGGAGCUCUCCCAAAGCUACAACAACUCAACCACCAUCCACACCUUAUACAAUUCUUUCCUCUUGUGAUUCCCCAUGUUGAUGGUCUCCCUCCUGGUGCUGAAACUGCUUCCGAUGUACCGUUCCCUCUUCAUGACCUACUUAUUUCUGCCAUGGACAAAACUAAAGAUCAAGUUGAGACCAUACUCGGCAAUCUCAAGCCAGACAUUGUCUUCUUCGAUUUUGGGCGAUGGAUUCCAUCAUUAGCCCGUCGAUUAGGCUCCAUGUCAAUCUACUAUUCCGUGGUUAACGCAUGCUCGAUGGCGUUCUCCAUGGUUCCAGCUAAAGGACUUACUCUGGAAACUACCUUGGAUGAGCAAAUCCAACCGCCGCCUGGCUACCCUUCUACUACUGUGAUAAUAAAACGCGAUGAGGCCCCUCAUAUAGUUCUGGUAAACGAUCCCCCCCGUGCCGCUUCCUUUUGCUUGCGGCUAACUGAAAUUUUGAAAGAGAGCGAUGUGAUUGCAUUGAGAACUUGCAAUGAAAUCGAGGGACCUUUCUGUGACUAUAUUGCACAACAGUAUUCAAAGCCUGUGCUGUUAACCGGGCCUGUUUUGCCGGAAACUCCAGCUACACAGCUUGAAGAGAAAUGGGAUAAGUGGCUAAACAAGUUUGAGGCAGGUUCAGUGGCGUAUUGUGCAUUCGGUAGCCAAAUUACACUACAAAAAGAGCAAUUUCAAGAGAUAAUGUUGGGAUUCGAGUUAAGUGGGUCUCCAUUCUUGGUAGCCCUGACGCCGCCUCACGGAUAUUCAACCAUCGAAGAAGCAUUACCUGAGGGGUUUAAAGAGAGAGUUGGUGACAGAGGUUGGGCUCAUGGAGGAUGGGUACCGCAGACACUGAUACUAAAACACCCUUCUGUUGGGUGUUUUGUGAGCCACUGUGGAUUUGGCUCCAUGUGGGAAUUUCUGGUUAGUGAUUGCCAAAUAGUGCUGAUUCCAUUUCUGCCCGACCAAGUUAUGGGUGCAAGAUUAAUGGUACAAGAAUUGAAGGUGGCAAUAGAAGUGGAGAGAGGAGUUGACUGGAUUAUUGGGAAAGAAAGUUUGAGCAAAUCAAUCAAUUUAGUAAUGGACAAGGAGAGUGAAUUGGGUAAUUCAGUGAGGAACAAUCAUGUUAAAUUUAAAAGUAUCUUUUCUAGCAAGCAUUGGCAAGAUGAGAAGAUUGGUACUUUCGUUCAAGAUCUGCAAUUUAUAUUGGAAUCUGGGAAAUAGAAAUUUCCAGGAACUUACAUGCAUAAGCAAGUUCACAAAUGUAUGUUGUUUACCUCAAGAAUUUAUAAUGAAUUUGGCUCUGCUAGGCGAAGAAGUUGUAGUGAAUUGUUUCAUAAUUUAAUAAAAUGGGGAAAUUCUUUGAACCCUUUGCAGUUUUUGUGAUCUUUUAAGUGCGCAAACUAAAGUCCCGGACGUUGGAGGAGAUUCUUCUCCCUUCAAAUCUCAGAUUCUGAGAGGAGAAACACAAGAUUGUGUUUGAGCUUGGUGGUACUUGGCCACUAGGGGAUUGAUGUGAAAG